AGAAAACUGAUGGAACAAAACAAUGAAACAUAUGGAAAUUUUAUUUUGCUUGGGUUCUCAGACCAACCCCAGUUGGAGGUCAUCCUUUUUGUGAUAGUUUUAAUAUCAUAUCUUCUGACUCUUGUGGGCAAUAUAUCUAUCAUCACAGUCUCCUGCCUGGACUCCAAACUUCACACACCUAUGUAUUUCUUCCUCACAAAUCUCUCCUUCCUUGACCUUUGCUUCACAACUAGCAUUGUCCCCCAAUUAUUGUGGAACCUGAAGGGACCAGCCAAGACCAUCACACCUGCUGGCUGUGCCAUUCAACUCUAUGUGUCCCUCUCUUUAGGAACUACUGAAUGUGUUCUCCUUACAAUCAUGGCAUACGACCGCUAUGUAGCUGUCUGUAGACCUCUCAAUUACAAUACUUUUAUGCACCCAUCAUUUUGCAAGACUUUGGCAGGAAUAGCCUGGAUAAGUGGAAUAGGAAACACUCUCAUUCAAAGCAGCAUCACUCUUCGACUUCCACGAUGUGGUCAUCGUCUUAUCCACCACUUUUUAUGUGAGGUGCCUGCCAUGAUGAAGCUGGUAUGCGUUGACAUUCAUGCAAAUGAAGUCCAGCUUUUUGUGGCUACAUUAGUUCUCCUCCUCCUUCCUAUGACAUUGAUAUUGGUUUCCUAUGGAUGCAUUGUCCAAACUGUGAUAAAAAUUAAGUCAGUCAGAGCUUGGCACAAGGUUUUAAGAACCUGUGGUUCCCACCUAAUUGUAGUGUCCCUCUUUUUUGGGCCCAGUUCAGCCAUAUACAUUCAACCAAAGAGAUCCUAUGGCCAUAGUCAGGGUAAGUUUCUGACACUCUUUUAUACUGUUGUGACUCCUACCCUCAAUCCUCUCAUAUAUACUCUGAGAAACAGGGAUGUGAAAGGAGCACUGAAGAGACUACUAAGGAGAGAAAAAAAUUCUUAA